AUGAGGGCCACAGGUGCCUUAGUGCUUCUCAGCCUGCUGCUGCUCUCUUUCUUCUCGGAUGUAGCAGGUCAAGACAUUGAAGAGAUUUGUAGGGAGUUUGUAAACAGAAGUGUGUACUGCACGAGGGAGUCCAACCCUCACUGUGGCACGGAUGGCAUCACGUACGGAAACAAGUGUGCCUUCUGCAAGGCAGUGCUGAGAAGUGGAGGGAAAAUAAGAUUGAAGCACCUGGGGAAAUGCUGA